CGCUUGCGCUUCACUCGGCCUACUAAAAGGAUUGCCCUUUCCUGUUCCGCCUUCCGCGAGUGGGCUCGUGGACCGGUGAGACCCAGAAGAGCAUUUUUUAGCACCGGGAGUUCGCGGACCGCCGCGCCGCGGCUGUCAUCAUGCCACAAAAUGAAUAUAUUGAAUUACACCGUAAACGCUAUGGGUAUCGUUUGGAUUAUCAUGAGAAAAAGAGAAAGAAAGAAAGUCGGGAGGCCCACGAACGUUCAAAGAAGGCAAAAAAAAUGAUUGGCCUGAAGGCUAAGCUCUACCACAAACAGCGCCAUGCGGAGAAAAUACAAAUGAAAAAGACUAUUAAGAUGCAUGAAAAGAGAAACACCAAACAAAAGGAUGAUGAGAAGACCCCACAAGGAGCAGUACCUGCCUAUCUUCUGGACAGAGAGGGACAGUCGCGGGCAAAAGUGCUUUCCAACAUGAUUAAGCAGAAACGAAAAGAGAAGGCGGGGAAAUGGGAAGUCCCUCUACCCAAAGUUCGUGCCCAAGGAGAAACAGAAGUCUUGAAAGUUAUUCGAACAGGAAAAAGAAAAAAGAAGGCAUGGAAGAGGAUGGUUACCAAAGUCUGCUUUGUUGGUGAUGGUUUUACAAGAAAACCGCCUAAGUAUGAAAGGUUCAUUAGGCCAAUGGGCCUGCGCUUCAAAAAAGCCCAUGUCACACAUCCUGAGCUGAAAGCUACCUUUUGCCUGCCAAUCCUUGGAGUGAAAAAGAACCCAUCUUCACCAUUAUAUACAACGCUGGGUGUAAUCACCAAAGGCACAGUUAUUGAAGUCAAUGUGAGCGAGUUAGGCCUUGUGACACAGGGAGGCAAGGUUAUCUGGGGAAAGUAUGCCCAAGUUACCAACAAUCCUGAAAAUGAUGGAUGCAUAAAUGCAGUCUUGCUAGUUUGAUAGUGACUUCUACUGAAGACCACACGUCCGUAGGAAACACCACCACUGUGAUCUUUCUGAAUACUACCAAGCUGCCUUACUCAUGUGCACUCAUCGAGGAGUAUUACAUUGUAAAGAAAAAUAAAAACUGCUCAGUUUUAUAGUA